AUGAUUCCUCCCGACGAGUGCAAGUGCGAACUGCGGCAGUUCUGCGGCAUCUGCACCAAGUUCAGGAGGAGCUGGACAAAGUUCGGAAGGAAUCUGAUCAGCAUCAUCCUCGAUUACCGCGUGGGAGCGGCGGCAAGCCUGAGCUUCCUAGGAGUUGUUGCCUUCGACCAUCAUGUUGUCUCUUCUCUCACAAGUUUUGUCGCUGGCUGGUUUCACGACUGUCGCUGUUUCGAGUCUGUGACAAGGGAGGACGUCCUGGGGCUGAUCUCCUGGGGGUUUUGGGGCAAGUUGCAGAGAGACUUGAAGGAGGAAGACAAGGCAGAAGUGAGCGAAGGUGGCGAGGAUGCUGGGGCAGCUGGAAGGAGCGUGCGGGCACGAGUUCCCGUUAAGGAGGGAAGGGAGCGAACCGCUGCGACUGGGGCAUUUCUCCCUGGAGCCCUUCAAGUCAGGGCACAUUCCUUUGUUCGUCUACGUUGCGAUGCACCUGUUGGUGAACCCGAUCACAAGCUGCCUGCUGAGAGCGAGAGGGUUCAGGACAGCAAGCUGAUGUUCUCCGUGAAGCUUUCGAGGAGGGCGAGGCGCGGGGGGGAAGGGGGAGAGAAGUCAGGGGAGGAGACACCGAUCUUGUUCCUGCAUGGGAUCGGCAUCGGCGUACUUCCUUACAUCCCUCUUGUUGAUCUGCUCACUAAGGAGGACCCGACCAUCAUCCUCGCGCAUCUUCCUUUCAUCUCCAUGCGCAUCUGCAGCUCCAUCCCGAACCCCGAUGAGGUUGUCGACAGCAUUCAAGAGGUCCUUCACAAAUUCAAUUAUCGAAAAGCUUGUGUAGUGGGACAUUCUUUCGGAACCGCUGUCACUUCUUGGGUUCUUCGACGAGCUCCCGAGCUUGUCUCCUGUUGUGCGCUGCUUGACCCUGUUGUGAUGAUGAUGAACUUGAAGGACUGUCUGUUCAACUUCAUUUACAAGAAAGGGACGAUGAUGACGAUUGAGGGAAUACUGAGGAACGAACUUUACAUCAACUUUUGUCUCCGACGUACCUUCUGGUGGUACAAGUCCAUCUUGUGGGCAGAGGACAUUCGAACACCAGCCUUCAUCGCUCUAUCCGAGAGGGACGAGUGUGUUCCUGUGCCAGCAGUCCAACAAUACCUGUCGAGGUACUGUGACGAACACCAUCACGAGUUAGAUCUCGUUGUCUUCAAGAAGCAGGGCCAUGGAGGUUUCUUGUCUUGUACGACCUCUCUGAGCAGGAUAGCGACAGGGAUUCUGAAGCUGCGCAAUGAUUGCGAGGAGUCAUGUCGACGAUGAUGAUGAACGUCAGGAAGAGAAAGACAUGACAGUAUACAUGUAACCUAAAGAAGAAGAUGUGGAGAGAAGAAAACUAGAGAGAAUAUAGUGGAGAGCUAGGGAGGAUGAGUGUAUUAACGUUGCAAUCAGACUUGUAUUUACAUCAAACUCAACGCCAAC